AUGUUGGACCCGCAUCACGUGACCUCCCCCAUCACGAGCCGCCGCCAUUUUGUCCCUCCCCCCUCAGCCGCUGUCAUGGCGCUCGUCUCGGCCGAUUCGCGGAUCGCGGAGCUUCUGGGGGAGCUGCACCAGCUCAUUAAACAGACGCAGUUCACCAAAAUCCUCCUUUUUUUCCCCCAAAACCCCACUCCCACCUCCCGAAUUCCCACUUUUUUUCCGAUUUUUACCUUUUUUCCCUUAAAUUUUUUUUUUUUCCUCAGCGUUCUCCGCAGAGCUUUGGAUAAAAUCGCCGAGAUCAAAUCGCUGCUGGAGGAACGUCGCAUCGCGGCCAAAAUUGCAGGGAUUUACAGCGAAGCGGAGCCGCCCAGGAAGACGAUGAGGAGGGGGGUGUUGAUGACGUUGUUGCAGCAGUCGGCCAUGACGCUGCCGCUUUGGAUUGGGAAACCGGGAGAAAAGUGAGGAAAAAUGAGGAAAAAAAAGGGUUUUUUGGGAAAAAUUAUGGAAUUUUGUGGGGAAAGUUAAGAAUUUGGGAGGAUUUUGAGG